UGGUCACCAGAGCCAAUGAGAAGGGGCUGCCGCGCGGCAGCAAAGAGUUUGUCAAGGCUGUGCGGGUGGAGCACGUUGCAUUCCGGUACCGGACGCCGUGAGCGGUUUGUCUGCCUUUCUGGAGUGGGCGUGAGGUGAUCAUGUCCGGUCGCGGAAGACAGGGCGGCAAAGUGCCAGCAAAGGCCAAAUCCCGCUCCUCUCGCGCGGGCCUGCAGUUCCCGGCGGGCCGAGUGCACAGACUACUGCGCAAAGGGAACUAGGCGGAGCGAGUGGGCGCCGGCGUCCCGGAGGCGGAGAUCCUGGAGCUGGCUGGCAACGCCGCGCGGGACAGGAAGACCGGGAUAAUUCCCCGCCACCUGCAGCUCGCCAUCCGCAACGACGAGGAGUUCAACAAGCUGCUGGGCAAGGUGACCAUCGCUCAGGGAGGCGUCCUGCCCAACAUCCGGGCGGUGCUGCUGCCCAGGAAGACGGAGAGUCAGAAGGCGAAGAGCAAGGGACCGUGACGCGGCCCCCGGGGAGCUGGCUCCCCCAGCAAGGGCCCUUUUCAUGGCCGUCCCGCCACGCUUUUGAAUAUGCCGGAUGUCAUGGAGGGCCGGUGACAUCUAGUGGGGAGGAGGGCGGCGAGGGACCCUGCGGGAGCCAAUAAAGUUGGUGAAAAUA